AUGUCUGACGGCUUCCUGGGGUCAUCGCGGGAGGCCGCCGAGCAAGGCACGGUUCAGGACGGACGAACCGAAGAGCUUCCUCAUGCAUCGGCCUUCACCCACCCGCCAGUAAGUGCUGCGUUGUUCGAGAACUGCACGGGAUGUGUCAUGUGCUCGGAGGAAAAUGGAUGCAUCUCCUGUCAACAGCGGCUUUUCCUGCUCAUCUGGAGAGAUGGGAUUCGCCAGAACGGGGCCUGUGUCCACGCCUGCCCCCCAGGCUACUUCGGGGUGCGAGGCCAAGAGGUCAACCGAUGCAUUAAGUGCAAGUCGCCCAGCUGUGACAGCUGCUUCAGCAAAGAUUUCUGCAUGAAGUGCAAGGAGCGGUUCUACCUGCACAAGGGGAAGUGCCUUGGCGCCUGUCCUCCCAGCACCACGGCUCAGCACGGGACCCGGGAGUGCCUGGAAAAGUGUGAGAUGGGCCCCUGGGGCGACUGGGGGCCCUGCACCAACCAGGGCCGGACGUGCGGCUCCAGGUGGGGCUCGGCCACGAGGGUCCGCGAGGUCGUCGGGAGCAGCAAGGAGGACGCAGCGGCGUGCCCGGGGCUUUCCGAGUCCAGGAAAUGCCGCAUGAAGAAGCACUGCCCCGGAGAGAAGAACGAAAACAAAAGGAAGGAGAAACGCGGGAAGAAGCAAAAGAAGAAGAAAAAACCGAAUUCCCAGAUGGUCACUUAA